AUGGUUGUGUAGAAAAGUUUUGUGUUGACAUAAUUUGGCCAAUACAUUUUUAUCCGUCGUUUCUCGUUCUUUUGGUUAUAGCUAAAUCACACUCGAAGUUCAGUCUCGCUGUGUAUUGCGCUUUUAGACUUGUCGUGUAACGACGAUCGAGACAACUAUUCGGUACAAAACGGCUGAGGCUGUUAUGUCGGUCUCUGUACUGCAUCAAACUUAAAUCAAGCACUUUAUUACCGCAGUUCUCCGGGUUACCUUUUCAGAUCGAUUUUGGGACAGGAGGAAAAAUCUUAUUUUGAAGAACAAAAGAGGACUCUCUGGACGCUAACAUGAGGGAUUUUAAGUAUUCUUUGUUGUUUGCCUACUUGGUUUGGAUCAUUGGGAUAUGUGGCCAUCAGCGACCGAAUUGCGAAUAUCGAUCGGGAGAAAGGGAACUCGUUUGCGAGGAAAUAAUCGAUCCAUCUUUGGCCCAGAACAUUGCAGAAUCUACGGAGCGGAUUGUUUUCACGUCAGAUUCUUUGGCUUGUGACUGUUCUUUGAGAGCUUUGUUAGAAUGGAGGGAAGAAUUAUCAUUGACAAGAAGUGUUGCCCUAGAAGGAACUUGUUCUUCUCCAAAGUACCCCUUGGGUCAAUCCAUCAACAGCCUCUCCCCCACAGACAUUUCUUGUGGUGCUGGUGAUGCUUUGCUUGUACGCAAAAGACGAGCAGCUGACGAAGGUCAACAGCCGAAUGAAAACAAAACUUAUAUACCAGAUGCACCUCUUUGGCCAUGUGACUUUGAACAAGGAUUGUGCCAGUGGUUCCAGUUACAUAAUGGUGAUUUUCACUGGACAAGAUACAAGGGCGACACACCGUCCUCGAAUACUGGCCCGACUACGGAUCACACGAAAGGAACUGUUAAUGGAUACUAUAUCUACAUUGAAACAUCUCUGCCUCGACGGCGAGAUCACAAGGCCAGACUGGUUAGCCCAACAUUGGCCCCCGUGGAUCCGAGUAACACUUGUCAGAUGGAUUUGUUCAUCCACAUGAAAGGAAGUCACAUCGGUGAACUCAACAUCUACCAACAACCAGUCGUGGGUUUUGCUGUAAAGAAACUGUCACUCACAACAAACCAAGGUUCUGAUUGGUUUAAACGGCAAGUUCAGUUUGACAGUGACACGAAAUUUCAGGUCAUAAUUGAAGGUGUGCGCGGCGCUCAGUACCAGGGAGACAUCGCACUGGAUGACAUUUCAUUCACAGCUGGGUGUAAAAGACUAGCUCCAUCCUAUGUGCGUCUUGUUAAUGGUUCAACAUUCAACGAGGGAAGGGUGGAGGUGUAUCACCAAGAGCUAUGGCAACCAGUUUGCAGUGAAGGUUGGAGCCAAUCAGAUUCUUCCGUUGCUUGUAGAGAACUGGGAUUUAAAAACGGAUCUACAGAAGAUACACCGCUGUUCGGCAUGUUCGCUGGACUUUCUAACGUUACUUGCAAAGGUGAUGAGACGUCAAUCAAAAAUUGUUCUCUAGGAGAGAGCUCGAACAACGCAACUUGUCCCAGUAAUAGUACAGUUACAGUUAAAUGUGCAGGUAUCCUCCCUGUAUGCCCCUUAAAAACUCACUUUCAUUGUCCAGCGGACGGCAGAGGUAGCAUGACAUGCAUUUCGCGGGAUCAACUCUGCGACUUCACCAGUGACUGCUGGGAUGGCUCUGAUGAAAUUAACUGCGAAAAUUACACGCGUUGUGAUUUCAACGACACCAGAAUAUGCGGCUGGCUUCAGGCCAAAAACGACCAAAUGGACUGGACACGGCACAAAGGGAGUACAGCAUCCAUCUUCACAGGUCCAUCAGCUGAUCAUAAUGGCAAUCGCAAUGGCUAUUAUUUAUACCUGGAGGUUUCGAAUCGACAAGGCGGUGAAAAGGCCAGAAUACUCGUCAUUCCGCGUUUUCAAGGUGAUAACAAUGGUCUUUGCAAGCUUCGCUUCUACUAUCAUUUGUAUGGAGUCGGGAUUGGUACUCUCCGUGUGCUAGCCGCUGACCGGUACUCUCAGCAGACGCUGUGGACGAAGUCUUAUUCGCAACUUAACGAAUGGGGACGCGCUGAAGUGCCUUUAUUUAACUUGUCCUCCUCGUUUUAUGUUACAUUUGAGGGCGAGCACAGUGGACACAGUCCUCACGGGGACAUAGCAAUUGAUGAUAUCUCGUUCACACCGGAGUGCCGACCUGCACCCCACGAAAACGUCACUUGUAAGGAGGGAACCUUUCCGUGUGGAAGUGGCGAAUGUAUUUCUUUGUCCAAACAGUGUGAUUUUACCGAUGACUGUUAUGACGCAUCGGACGAGUUAAGCUGCGGUCUCACACCUGGCCGCUGUGAUUUUGAGGCCGACAUGUGUCACUGGCAAAACUUGACAGAUGAUGAUUUUGACUGGGAGAGACACACUGGAAGCACAGCCAGCUUUGACACCGGACCCUAUUAUGACCAUACCAAGGGCUACCGGGGAGCCGGUUAUUAUCUAUACAUCGAAGCAUCGAAUCCCCGAGUGCGAGGAGAUAAAGCAAGGAUUAUUAGUCCGCAGUUCAUGUGGCAGAAUGUGGCCGGGUGUACUCUUCGCUUCUAUUAUCACAUGAAAGGAUUAUGGGGCUUUCGUACUUUAGGAACGCUAAGAGUCAUUUUGAGGAACACAAUCACUGGUGCUGAAACUUCUCCCUUGUGGCACAAAUCUGGUAGUCAAGGAAACCAGUGGCUACGUGCAGACGUAGCCAUCACAACAAACUGGACAGUAUCUCAGGUUAUCAUUGAAGCUGAAAGAGGCUCAACAUUCCAUGGUGACAUCGCCGUCGAUGAUAUAUCCUUCUCGUCCCAGUGCUACCCGUCCGAAGCCGUACACAUCUACAAGAACUACGACGUUCGUCUAACAGAUGGGAAGAAAGGGUCGUUUGAGGGACGCGUAGAGAUAUACCGUGUAGGUACCUGGGGCACAAUCUGUGAAGACGGCUGGGGCCAAAAGGAUGCCGGAGUCGUUUGCAAGCAACUGGGUUACGGAGGAGUUAAAAGCGUCCAUGCAGGCUCGUAUUUUGGUGAAGGAAGGGGUCCUAUUUGGUUGGAUGAUCUCGCUUGUUAUGGAAACGAGACAAGCCUCGGACACUGCUCUCAUAACGGCUGGGGGAGUCACGACUGUUCUCACUCACAAGACGCUGGUGUUGUCUGCGAUAUAGACGGCGGUAGUACAACAAAGGCAUUAAGGCUUAAGACCAAUAACAGUACUAACAGCGGACUAGUAGAAAUAUACCACGGUGGCUCAUGGGAACCCAUUUGUUAUGAUGGCUGGGAUAUCCAUGAUGCCUUUGUGGCGUGUCGACAGCUCGGUUUUCCUGGGGCCAAAAGCAUAACUCGUGAAACUGCGGUAGGCGUCACUCGCUCACUGAAAAAGGUGCAAUGUCAAGGAGGUGAAGACACUUUGGGAGAAUGUGUUCAUAACGGAUGGAGCCAGGGAAAUUGUAACUAUGGAUUUGCUGGCGUGAUAUGUUCUGUGGAGGGAACAGCCGAAGGAAAUAUCCGACUCAGAGGCGGCAGCUCUGAGAGGGAGGGUCGCGUGGAGGUAUUUCACCGUGGAGAAUGGGGCACAGUUUGUGAUGACGCCUGGACAGAAGCAAAUGCGCGAGUCGUCUGCUAUGAGCUUGGUUUCACAAGCGUGAGAAAGGUACAUCAGAGUUUUGGUCCCGGUAGUGGACGCGUGUGGCUGGACAGGGUCAGUUGCCAUGGAAACGAGACUGCUCUCGUUAAGUGUGGUAAUUCGGGAUGGGGAGCCACUUCUUGCACGCAUUCAGAAGAUAUUGGUGUUAUCUGCUCAGAUGACGCCUAUAUUGGUUGCUACAAAGAUACACAGAAUCAUGUUAUGACCCAUGAACUUACAUCAUCAGAUAUGACCCCUGUGAAGUGCAUACGUCGAUGUCAAAGUAAGGGUUUCAUGUACGCAGGCUUGGAGUGGGCCAAUGAAUGUUACUGUGGAAAUCACUUCAACAGAUACGGAAAUUCUACUUCAUGCCAAUUGCCAUGUCUUGGUGACGCCAGUAAAGUGUGUGGAGGGACAUGGGCACUAUCUGUUUAUAAUACAGAUCCUGCGAUAGUACCAACCCAAGUUCCAGGUUACAACCCUGUCACACAGAGCUGUACAACACGUAUUUUUGAUCCAUGGCGAAUUCAAAUUCCUAAUCAGUUUUACGCUGGAGAUCACAGCAAAGGUUGGAUAUCGUCGCCAGCCUUCCCGAACAAUUACCUCCAUGACACUGUUUGCAUCUGGGUUCUCAACUUAUACUCUGGCACAAGAGCAAAGGUCACUUUUAAGUAUUUUCAAACAGAACGAUAUUACGACUAUGUUGAAAUAAGGGACGGCGACAAAGACUAUUCAGAACCCUUCCUUACCCCGGUAGGGGGAUUCACCGGAAACGUUACCAACUCAGUGACUGCCUCUGGCAAUGUGAUGUGGAUUAAGUUUUACACCGAUUCUUCUGUAAACUACAAAGGUUUCAACCUUACCUACGAAGCUGUUGGUGCACCCACAGCCGCUCCCACGACAUCAUCAGUAAGCACAACUAUUCCGCCAUCACAACUGCCACUUUAUCAAAUGGUGGAGGGAGGAUGUAACGGUAUAUCACACAGUGUGAACACAACCUUUGGGUACUUGGAUAAAUAUCACAGCAGUGGAUUUAUCCAUAGUCCAAACUACCCCUCAAACUAUGACAACAAUCUGCUUUGUCGCUGGUUCAUACGGGUUGCCCCUGGUUACCGAAUACACUUAUCAGUAUUGAAAGAAGACGUCAAUCAUGAAGCUCAUGCAGGAGGACUGGGUGACAAACUAACCAUAGAGGAUCAAGAGUCAUCUGAGAAUUCCAGGGAUUCCCCGGCGCCUUGGUCAUUUUUGUCAAAAGGAUCUUUUGUACGUUUGGUGUUCGUUACUGACUCAGCGAAUACUGGAAAAGGAUUUUAUCUCCGCUAUACAAGAGUUAAUAUUAGUGAGGAAAGCUUGACUACACAGAUGCCACCAGUGACCAGUCAGAUGGCCUCUACAGUUCCUUUGACUGGAACAGAGCCACCUACGCCUCGUCAGGUGAACACUGCAGAGGAGCGAAAAGACACAAUUAAGGAUGCCAUGAGUGGGGGCACUAUUGCUGGUAUCGUCAUUCCCAUUCUGCUGAUGAUCAUUGUGGUACUCGUCAUCCUCCUGUUUCUCAAAAAUAGAAAGAAGAGACUCAACCAAGGAGUCCGUCACGGGUUUGUUAAUGAAACGUACGGCGAUUGUGAAUCAAUCAACAUGACAGCGACCCAGGGAAAUGGAGAAGCUGCCCAGCCUGUAACUGCUGGUCAGGACCAACCUCCAGCGUUCGCCGCACCUGCCCAGGAGCCCACCGCUUACUUUACUGCUGCACCUCCUCCAUACAGUCAAGCAGCUCCCGGGAAUGUCUAUUUCGUACCGUUCGCUGCUACCCCCGGGGGAGGAAUGGCCCCUGUGGGAGUCGAUAACCCCGGUUACGCUCAGCUGUACUCAGCCCCCCCUGCUUACGAAGCCGUACGGCAGGCAGCGAACUCUACGACAGCAACGGGAAUUGGGUCGGUGACAAGUCUGAGGGAGGCCGCAAAGGAUGACAGAGCCCCUGUGUCAAAUGGCAUUGCUGCCCCUGGCGCAGUUUAUGCACCCCUUUCCAGGGCAGUUCUUCCACCCAUACGGGGCAAUGAAUCCACAGGUGAUCCAGUAAAGAAACAGGCUCCCCAAGAGGAAGAAGCUGGCCCUCUUCCUGAAAAAUCUCUGCUGACCGUCGAACAUUUUCCCGAGCCGUCGGCUCCCCCCAGGCCCCUGUCGGCUACCUCCCAAGUCCGGGUUGUAAGUCCUGCGCCUCCACCGGUAUCGGCAAUGGAGUUUGACACCGAAGUACCCUUCGAUUUCCUUUGUCCGAUCACAAACAAGAUCAUGUCAGAUCCGGUUAAAGCAUCUGAUGGUUACAAUUACGAGCGCAAAGCUAUCCGUCGUUGGUUCCGAAAGAAGCGAAGUAGUCCGAUGACUAACGAGACCUUGACGGAUUUUGAAGUUCGGCCCAACGAUGAGCUGCGAAGCCAAAUCGAACGUUUUGUGGGUAAUCAUUCAGUUGUAUGACGCUUUGUGUAGAGGGUUAGCCUGCACAACAGGCAGGUUGGGUGUGUACAGAUUUUUUUUCUUUUCAGCUUUGUUUUUUGAUUUUUGUGAAAAGUUUGUCUAGUUUUUAAUUUGGGUCCAACGCACGCUAACCAAUUAGCUCUUAUUGUUCAGAUCGGUCCUCUCGACCAAUUAGAUGAGAGAUUGCGCAAUUCUUGACGGCCUUGCUUGCCCUUUCAGUGGCUGGCACAAAAGCUACUUCUCUCUUCGUAUUUAUUAGAUAGCUUGGUGGAAACUAGUAUAAACAAUCGAAAGGUGAAAAAAAAUUUUCAGUUAAAUCCGCCAUGGCCUGUCUUGGUGGAUGAAGAAUGUCAUUUAAGUAUAAAUAGAAGAGUCUCUGUUGAAAUAAGAUUUAAAAACGUACUAAAAACUACGCAAUCCUCAGUUCAUAUUUAGUAGAUAAAUAUAGUAUAUGGCUUUGUAUAUUGAUUAGAUUAUCGAUUAUCAGAAGCCGUUGGGAUUUUUUUCGGCAGAAUAUUAUGAUUAAUAUCUGGACUGAUUAAUGUGUGUUGUUGUUGGGUUUAAUAUUUGGAAUGUCCACUUGAACAGGCAAUUUUUUUCUGGGCCCAUGCAUCAUGGGAAACGACAGAGUAAAAAUGCACAGCUUUACGAAGUUUGCUCUUCCCCAUUUGAUAUACAAAUGGACAUCUUUAUUUCGGAAUGAUUUGAAAAAUGUCAGCGAUAUUUGAAGAAUAUAAUAACAGUACAUGAUAGUAAGUCUAGAAUUAGUGAUGGUAAUAGACCGAGUGGAAUCUGGGUCUGGAUUGGGUCAGUAAUCAUUCGAGUGAGUACUGCGAAUCGACUUCUGAUUUGUCAAUUACAAGUAUGAUUAUAGACCAAUUGGACGACUUGCGUGAGUAAAUUAAAAUAGUGGAAUUCAGAAAGUUAGAUUGUCGUGUUACGUUAAUUGCGAAAUUCUCAAGGAAUAAGUGGAGCGUUGAACUUUUAUGCUUCCGAACCAAACAUAGACUAAACUAAAUUAUAUUUUGCUUACGAAAGCAUCGCUUUAGGUCAAUUAUAUUUUCAAGAAGUUGAUGCGUAGCGCAUGCAUUUUGUGUUGCUUACAUUAAGUAACAACCAAACUAGGCUAUAAUUGAAUAUUAUGGUAUUUUCCGGAAUUUACCAUAACCCGCAGUAGUGUAAAGUUUGUGUGGUGUUUACAAAUGAAUAGUGUUUAUUGAGAGAGUUAAAGUUUUGGGUGUGUUGGUCUUCCCUGUUUGGCUUAAAAGGCAUUUUGUAACAAACUUUGUGUAAAAAAUAUGUUUCCACUGUAAUUUUAUUAAAGAUUUCUUAAAAUGA